AGUCUGCAGCUCGUGCCUGAUACCAGCUUAGUAGCAUCAGAUGGCUGCCACAGACCACUGAAGCUACAUCAAAGUAAUGAAGGGGAGCUCCGAAAAGGACCGUCCCCAAAUGGCGUACCACCCCCAGUACCUGGAGAGCUUCCUGCGCACACAGCACUACAUCUUGCACAUGGACGGCCCUCUGCCCUUCCACUAUCGGCACUUUAUCGCCAUUAUGGCAGCAGCCCGACACCAGUGCCAUUAUUUGGUCUCUUUGCACUUCUCUGAGUUUCUGCGAGUCGGCGGGGACCCAGCUUGGCUCAGAGGGCUUGACUGUGCCCCCCAGCGCCUUCGUGACUUGGACCAGAUCAACAAGGUGCUGGCUCAUCGGCCAUGGCUCAUUGCUCGAGAACACAUUGAGAGUCAACUGAAAAGUGUUGAGCAGUGCUGGAACAUGGCAGAGCUGGUUCAGGCCGUGGUGCUGCUGGCUCACUGUCACGCCCUCGCCAGUUUUAUUUUCGGGAUGGGGGUGGAACAAGACCCAUUGGCCCCCGGGACCCCCAGUCUGGGUAGCUACUGCUUCUGUGACACUGCUAAUGGCAAUUUGGCCUCCAACUCCGAGAACCUUCGUGCCAGCCGACGGAGAUCUUUGGACACAAGUUGUGACAGUACCUGUCUGCGGGAGCGAAUGCAACGGUUACAGGAGGAGAAGGAGCGGCGUGGGGAACGCAGGAUCGCCAGUCAAAGUGAGCAUGACGAAGAUUUAGAAGUGGAGCCCACAAGGCCAUCUGACCUAUCCUGUUAUAUGUCAGAUCCUGAGUUUGGAUAUCAGGAUGUCCCACGGCGUGAUGAAGACCACUCCCAGGUGUUCAGAGUGCAGGAUUAUUCUUGGGAAGUUCACGGUUUCUCUCUGGUCAACCGACUGUAUUCAGAUGUUGGUCACCUGUUAGACGACCGCUUCAGGACUGUGACCAGCGUACAAAAUGGCCUUCUUACUAAAGGGCAGGGAUCCGAUUUCAAAAGAGCUAUCUGGAACUACAUUCAUUAUAUGUUCGGCAUAAGGUAUGACGAUUAUGACUACAGUGAAGUCAACCGUUUGCUAGAGAGAAACCUGAAGCUUUACAUCAAGACAGUCACAUGUUACCCCGAGAAAACCAAAACGCAGAUCUUCCAGCGUUACUGGAGCCAGUUCAAUCCAGCUGAGAAGGUCUACGUGAACCUUCUCAUCAUGGAAGCCAAAAUGCAAGCGGAGCUACUGUAUGCACUUCGGGCAAUAACCCAGCACAUGAUCUCGUAGGCUGCAAAGAAUGUAACAACGGAAAAUGUGAGUGUGUGAAUCUAAGAGACAGAUGCAUGAGAGGAAGAAAAGCAGAUCGAAGAGAAGAGAAGACUUGCCAAUAAGGACGCAGCCGAGAUCUCACUGGACAGAGACAAUACUUGAAUCGUUGAAGGGGCCUUUUUUAUUCUUGCAUCAUAGACAUUGGUUUCUCGUUGCUUCCUCAUUUUUUUUUUUUUUUUUGUUACUUUUUUUCGCUGCGUCAAUGAUGCGACAGCGGUUAAUGUGCAAUUAUUACUACUAUUAUUAUUAUUAUUUUUAUUAUUUAGACUGUGAGUUCAAGCAGACAUUGAGAUGGAGAUAAAGAGUUCCAGAGAGGGCUGCAGAAAUUUAUUUUAGGUUUGUUUAUUUUCAUUUUUAUUUUUAUUUUUACUUUAUUUAGCUUUAGAUUCUAAUUGAAUUGAAUCUUGUUUUUUGUCACUGUCGACUACCGAAUGCAAAAAUCUUUUCCUUUUUUAUUUUUCUUUAAAACUGCACUGGGAUAUUGAAGCAGCUGAUUGAUCACAUUUUUCGAAAAAUUAUGAAGCUCUUGCUAAAAAUUAGUCUUAGCUCUAUACUGUAUAAAAAAAAU